AUGGAGUUCCUUCACAAGUUGAUCAUGAAUUUGGUAGUUCCACCUGUUGGCCUCAUCAUUCUGUGUCUCACCCUCCCUUUACUCCUCAUUUAUAGGUUCAUCCGUUCCAUCCUGACUUUCUCAAGCCAAAAUAUCGCCGGAAAAGUUGUUCUCAUCACCGGAGCUUCAUCGGGAAUCGGGGAGCACCUGGCUUAUGAGUAUGCGAGAAGAGGAGCUUCUUUAGUCCUUGUUGCUAGAAGAGAGAAGAGCCUUAGAGAAGUGGCUGAAAGAGCUCGGCAGCUUGGGUCGCCUGAUGUUCUAGUUAUUCGAGCUGAUGUCUCUAAAGUUGCUGAAUGCAAACGUUUUGUUGACAGAACAAUGGACCAUUUCAGACGAAUGGAUCAUCUGGUUUGUAACGCUGGGGUCUAUAACUCUCACCUGUUUGAGUGUGGAAUUAAUGCAGAAAUUUCCAAACCAGUGAUGGAUAUCAACUUCUGGGGAUCAAUCUAUCCAACUUAUUUUGCUAUUCCUCACCUCAAGAAGAGCAAAGGAAAGAUCAUCGUCAAUGCUUCAGUUGCUGGGUGGGCCAUCUCACCCUGGGCAAGCGUGUAUGGUGCAAGUAAAGCUGCACUGAUCAACUUUUUUGAGACAUUGAGACUGGAGUUGGCACAGGAGGUUACAAUAACAAUAGUUGCUCCUGCAUUUAUACAGUCAGAGAUCACACAAGGAAAGCACCUAAACAAGGAAGGCAUCCUAGAAGUUGAUCCAAAGCUGAGAAAGAUCAUAAAUAGCAGAUUCCAAGUUAAGAGUGCAGGAGAAUGUGCAAAAGCCAUUGUGAAUGGGGCAUGCCGGGGAGAAAGAUAUGUUGUAGAGCCAUCAUACUACAGGCUGUUGUUCCUCUUCCAUUUCAUGUGCCCUGAGAUUGUUGAAUGGUUUGUCCGCUUAAUUUGUAGAAUUAAGCCGAUCAUAAGCAAGAGCAAUACCAAUGGAAUCAACAACUAA